GCAAAGUCACCAGAUCUGCGACGGAAAUCCUUCUCCGUCUCAAAAUCCCCCAAAACAUGGACGGCUACAGGCGGGCUCCGCCGCCGGCGGCGGCAGCCGCAUCGGCGGCAUCAGUGCUCGGCGACGACGAUCUCCUCCGCGAGAUCUUCAUCCGCCUCGGCUUCCCCAACUGCCUCGUCCGCGCCGCCCUCGUCUCCCAGCGGUGGCUCCUCAACGCCUCCGACCCGGCCUUCCUCCGCCGCUUCCGCGAGCGCAACCCGCCCCGCGUCCUCGGCGUCUGCGCCGGCUACUCGGUGAGACCGUUCAAGUUCGUGCCGCUCCCACAGCCCCCGGAGCUCGCCGCCCUCUCGCGGCGCGCGGCCUCCUCCUGCGCCUACGCCUUUGCCCGAGGAGGCCAGCGCAUCGAGCACUGCCGGAACGGCCGCCUCAUCGUCGAGUCCCUCCGCAAGGGAACAUUCAAGCACUCCGUCCUCGCGCCGCUGCUCUACGGGGAGCCCGAGGCGGUCCUCCCACCGAUCCCGCCGCCCCGCCGUCAUCCGCAGGAGCUCACUCAAGGGUCAUUCACUCAGAUUUUCCUGCCCGAGGACGGGGGGCGCGAAGGCAUCACCUUGGUGAAUCUGUGGAAGGUCCAGCGAGAAGUCCGUGCGGAGGUCUACGUGCUGGGAGCCGCCGGAUGGGGCGUCCCUACCACCGCCAUCACAGAGAUAGAGCUCCAGUAUGCCGCAACCUUCUUUGCAAAAAUGCUACCGCCCGUCCAUGGUAAGGUCUUCGUGGUGACCGGCUUUGGGUACACCCUGGGUCUAGAUUUGGCCACGGCAACGUUCGUGAUGCUACAACUACCAGCUGGAGUGCGUUACAAUUACAUGCUCUCAUCUGCGGAGGGUUCCGGGAUCUAUCUUGUCACUGUGGACCGGUUUCAGCUCAGCGUGUGGCUCCAUCGGAUGGCAGGCGACAACCAUGGUGCAGGUGGCUGGCUCUUGGUGGACACGUUUUCUGUUCUCGAGGCAUGCGCACGUCUUGCGGGUGACAGUUGGGUGCCUUGUGAAUAUCUUAAUGUUGCCGCUGUCGGAGACAAUGCCGACUUUGUGUUCUUGGAUCAUCCAUCAAGCGGUGUUAUCUUUUAUGUUCAUCUCAGUAGCAGGGUGGUUAAGAUGGUGUAUCAGAGGACGGCAGAUGAACAUGAGUGUAGAAGUGUGGCUGUACGCAUCUCUCCUGUUAUGACAAUCUGGCCGCCUAUAUUCCCAGCACUGAACAUAGGACAUGAUCAAGAGGGGAUUGUUAGGGCUGUCAGAUCUCUCGACAGAAGAUGACCCGAGUGUUCGAAGGCAGCUGACCAGGGCCAUCGGGAGGCUCGAGGUGGUCCUGCAGCAGCUGAUCCUGGCCUCCAACUCUAUAAGGUGAGACCGAGCUCGAAGCAAAACUCGAGGACGCGGUUAGUAAGAUCAAGAGGGAUGUGCAGUGCCCGCCAUGUAUGCUAUAUCUGCUCUGCUCUUGUUCUUGGCCUUUGACUGAUUUACCUUCACAUGGACGGAGCGUUGUAGCUUGUGCAGCAACUAAAAAUCUAGGUAAAUUGAUUAGUGUUGGACUGUUGGUCCAAGGAUGAGCAACUUGUACUCUGUACUCAUUCUUUUCCCUGUACACAAAAAUUUAUAGUUGUAUGUGAAAUUCAGAUUUGUGGAGCA